CUUUUUCUCGUUUCAUCGGCAUUCCCCAGGAAUUCCUUCAGCCUAUCAACAUUGUCGGCGGCCCCAGCUGCUACCUGACCCUUCCUUCCCAGAGGCUUCUUUGUUGUGGCAUCGAGGCAUCGAUGGCCCUCAACGUCCCCAGCCCAGCGCCCCAGAGGCGCUCACAGCUCCUGUUUAGUCCGGCGGGAGUCGUGUCUGGCGGCGGAGAUGCCUUGAGGAUCCGCACAUCCAUUCUGGGGCAAGCGGGCAUGGGCGUCGUCGAUGCCUCUGUAAGGCCGGAGGCAAGACAUGUCACGGCCGCCCCUAGCGCCGCAUCAGCUGCUGCCGCUGGUGCAGUAGCAGCAGGGGAUAGGAGGGAGAACAAGCACGUGACGGCAGCGCCGGGGAUCCAGCUGCCUCUCCUGGCGGGCGGGAGGAGGGCGUCCAUGGCGCGCGGCUCGAUUGUGGGGGGAUUGCUGCCGGGAGGGGUGAUGCCAGCGCCUGACGAUCAGACAAAGCCCAAGGACAAGCUGGAGGAGCUGAGGGACGGGUACGUUUCUCAGAAACCGGAGAUCAGUGUGGUGAGUACGGCUGCGGAAGACAAGAAGCCCGACGUGGGCGGCACCGUGCAGCCAGGGGUGGCCCCGACGGCGAGGGUCGACAGUCUUGACGACCUGGAAAAGGUGACAUGACACACACGAGGGAGGGCCACACGGGACGACCCAGUGGAAGACGAGCAACCAACUCUUUUUCCCCUUUUCUUGGUGUCUCCUUCCUGGUCGUUUCUUCCCCUUCAUCUGUGUGCAGUUGGAAGCAGACAAGACCAACAUCCAGAAAACCAGGCCAAAGGUCAUGCAAAUCGAUCCAUCUGACUUGACUAACUCGCAGGUUUAUUCCCUCAUGUGUCUCCUUUCUGCUCGUAUGUGUCUCGUCGCUGCAGGUGAUGACCGUCGAGCAGUUGCAGCAGAUGGUCAACAGCUGCGCGGGGGGCAAGGCCAAGCAGCGGAAAUGGAUCGGCACGGGCGGCACGAUGAAGCAGGGCAGCAAGGGCAGCCUCAACCCACCGAUCGGGGCCACCAUGGGCACCAUGGGCACGAUGGGAUCGACCAUGAUGUCUCGCCAGUCCUCCCAGAACCUUGGCGGCUCUGCGUCGCCACAAAAGAUGUCGCUACAGAAGCAGGGGAGCGGUGUGGGCUCGGCAGCGAGAAGCUCCUCGCCGCCACCACGGUGACCAACAAAAGAAAGGCUCUCUCCUUUCCCCAAUAUGUACGCGGCCAAUUUCGCUUCUCGUGUCUCUCCAUGUCAGUGCGCCAUCGCCGCCCCCCCGGGCGCCAUCGAAUCUUCCCCGGAGCUCCUCCCCAGAGCGCAAGCCGCCCCCCAGCCCACAGAAGUCGUCGAUAGCGUCCAAGGCGCCCCAGGCACAGGCACACGCGUCACGGUCGACGCUUGCCAAAGCUGGGGCUUCGCAGAUGGCAAAGUGAUAUUGGUUGACGGGGGGAGAGGGACGGUCGCACAUUGGAGGGGCUGCGGCGUGGUAUGGGCAGGCAGGACGAAAACGAGUUCUGUCCCUCUGAGACGAUGCAUGCACGUGUUCAUGUGUGUGUAUGUGAAAUGAAGGCUGUGAGUGAGGCUGUCUUUUUGACUCUCCCCUUGGUCGCUCCGUCUCAUGUGCGUGCACGCUGUGUUGCCAGCUGGUGAGACAUCGAAUGAGCCAUUCAUCUGCUGUGCGUGGCUUAAUGGGUACAAUUGAAUGCAUUUGUCAUGA